AUGCCUGAUAAUCAGUCCCAGCAUUGCUGUCCUAUUUGCUCUGCCGGGUUCACAAAAUCAGGCCAGCAAAAGCACCAGGUUCUAUCAGGACAGGACCUGCAAGUGCAGCGCGGGCCACUAUUCCUAUCACAACAUGACUGGGUUUCGGACUCGACGCCGGUCACCUCAUUUCAUCCUGUCCUAAUUGUGCAACCUCAAGCAGCUUCUGAGACGGAUGGCAACUCAAUUCUGAUGCCACAAUCUGGCUCUUAUCUACCACAAGAUGAUUGGCCAAUUUCGUAUCAUAGCCCGUCGCUGUCGCUGCUGACACCAAAGCCGACCUUUCCCCGUAUGCGUCUCUGCUUUCUUGCCAGACUUACUUCGUCCCACGGUCUGGCGAAUUCAUUCAACUGCGACAAUAUCUGCGCCAGCACAAAGACUCACUCUGACCUCCUACAAUAUGGUAGCCGGCCCUCUCCUGAACCAGUAGCCAUUCCUGGAAUGCCGGUCACAUCGCCUUGGUCGCCAAAGUUGAUUGCGGCUCUCUCACUGAUCGGAGCUUCCUUGAGUCCCGACAGAAAGCACCAUGAUCAGGCAAUGAUGUGGCUGGAGACAGUCGAGAACUGGAUCUUCCAGGACCCGGAUUUCAGCGAAGACAGUAUUGCUCAAACAGACGAUGACGGCCAGGAUUGCCAAGUUCGCCAGCGCCUUAACAUAUUGCAGGCUGCUUAUGGUAUUCUUCUGCUCAUGAAUUGGGAAGGUGACACAAAAAUGAGACUCAGAGCUCGCAGGAAACGGUUUCCUGACAUCGUCUUCGUAUCCCGCAGCCUGUAUCCCUUCGCGAUGCCUGGAACACGUGAGGAAGCAUACCUUACUCCACACAACCUCCACGAUCACUGGACAGCGUUCGGAUUACGAGAGGAAUUAAUCCGUACCCUCUUAUAUACCUUCCUUCUUGACUCUGCGUUCGUGAUAUUCUACGAUAUGAGUCCCCAGAUGGUAAUUAAUGAACUGCAAUUUGGCCUCGCGGCUACGGAUGAGCACUUUGAUGCUCCAGAUGCCGAGACAUGGUUCAUGUACACCCAAGCCGCAGCAGAAAGAUCGCUGGGGCGCAGCCAGGUCACGUUGUCUCAGUGUAUUACCAUGAUUAUGGGUGAAGACUUCGGUACUAGUCGAUGGGAAGUAUUUGAGACAAUAAGCCCAUUAAAUCUAUUUGCUAUUGCUAGUGAAUGGACCAGACCCAAGGUCAAGGUCCUUGCCUAUCACACGAGGGCUAAGGAAUUGGUUUCGAGUCUGGUCCAAUCAUAA